GUGAGGAAGAGAGUGCAAAAGCUAUGCCAGGAAGGCCGGCGGCUAGCACUCUGGGAUUCACACAUGCACCUUCUAUCUCAAGGCUGAAUUGUUUUCUGUAGGAGAAUCAUGGGCUAAGGGUUCACUUGCACUGCAGUCUUUGUUCUAUACACAUUUGGUUCUGGUGACUGGAACCUGUUGGGGGGGGGGGGGGGGGAUGAGAGAACCGGUUGUCAUUUUUCAUGUGGCUCCAGCAUUAUCUGAGCACUGACUGAGCAGGCGGGUGAUCUGGGAUGACGGUGAAAGGUGGAACGAUGGUGCUCUGUCCAGUGGCAUAUUUCUACGGUUGCUUGUUCUCCACACAUUUCCAAUGGGCCUGAGUAGCAGGAGCUGUCCAAGGUGCUGGAAUGCUCACUGCUCUCUGUGGUGGAAGAGAACGGAUUGCAAAGCGAAAGAGGCGACCGGCCACAAUUUAUUUGGGAGGAAGGUAGGCACUCUCUUUGUUCCGCUAUCCCUGAUCAAUCUACACUACAAAAGCAUCAACAGACUAAAGCAGCCAGAAAAGGGAGAGGGACUGCAAGUCUGCCGGCAGUCACAGGGGAGGGAGUACACCACGAGCCAGACUGCUUAAAACCAUUUGUAGGAAGUAGGAAUGAAACACACAUCAUUUCACCAGGAAUAAGCCAUUUGCAAUGGAUUACGAGCCCUGCUGUAAUAUUUUCCGUGUAUCUUUGCCUCCUCAGAGUACAUUCAAAUGAGGCACUGCAGACAGCCGAGUGGGAUUGCAUUUGAUGGUGCUGCAAUUUUCGGUGUAGUAAAGUGGAGCAAUAUUAUCCACGCUCUCCUGUGUUGGACCACAGAACAGGGUGUCUUUGGCACUUACCCAUUAUCAACGCGUUCAGAUUGUUGCAUCUGGAUUUAAAGAGGAAACAUUCUUAUUUUUUCUCUCUUUUUUUUUUCUUUUUCUUUUCUUUUUUUUCCCCCUCUCCACUCAUAACAUUGUAGUCAACUUUAAAGGCCAAAGCCUCGAUGGUGAAGAUUUAAUUGGAAACCGUCAUAUAAGGAUGCAAGGUAUUACACUGUGGACUAUUUCGUUCUAAAAUGCACUUUAGAGAAAACAAAGACGGUCCAAAUUGAAGUCUGUUUUAUGGUGCUGAUAUAUCCUUUCAGAUUGCACUGAGACCAACCCUGAGGAAGGGCUUCUGGGGAUAGAGUCACGUUAUUCUACUGCUCGUCUAGACAUUGUUUUGGGGGCAAGAUACCUGCUGUUAAAUUCUCUUCUGCAAGAUGAUGAGUACAAACCAGGAGGACGAUACCUUGGGCACAUUUCUCCAAUAUAUUGAAGAUAUGGGGCUAAAGGCCUAUGAUGGCUUGGUAAUACAAAACGCUUCAGACAUUGCUCGUGAAAACGAUCGUCUGAGGAAUGAAGCGAAUCUGGCUUAUUUGAAAGAAAAAAAUGAAAAACGACGAAAGCAAGAUGUAAUUAAACGUAUUGGUGGAGAGGUAGCAAGAGGAAGCGAAGGGAGCUACGUGAAUAAACAUUUCCGCAUGGGAUUUAUGACGAUGCCUGCACCUCAAGACAGGUUACCCCAUCCAUGUUCUAGUGGAUUUGCAGUGCGUUCACAGUCCCUCCAUUCAGUAGGUGGCGCUGACGAUGACAGUAGUGGUUGCUCCCGGAAACAACCACCUCCGAAACCAAAACGAGACCCGAACACUAAGCUAAGCAUUUCUUCAGAGACUGUCAACUGCGGAACACUAGGCAAGAGUCCAAAGUUCACAGACAGGACAGAUGUGGCAGCAAAACAAAGACCUCAUAGUGAUGAAUAUACGAAGAAGAUUCCUCCACCAAAGCCUAAACGAAAUCCAACUACUCAUCUUAGCACAUCGUUUGAUGAGACAUACAUUAAAAAGCAUGGACCAACAAAGAGUACUUUGUUUAGAGACGCUUCAUCGUCUCACAUUAGUUGUGGUUCCAGAGACCGGGAUGAUGACGAACCCGUUUAUAUUGAAAUGGUUGGAAAUAUUUUAAGAGACUUUAAAAGAGAUGAUGAUGACCAAUGUGAGGCAGUAUAUGAAGAAAUGAAAUACCCUAUAUUUGAUGAUGUAGGACAAGACUCCAGGUGUCUUUAUGAUUUGGAUCAUGUUAGUUGCUCUUCUCAGUGUGCUACUCCCACAGUGCCUGACUUAGAAUUCACCAAGUCCUCAGUGCCAUCAACUCCCAAGGGCCAGGUUUGUGACAUUCCCCCUCCAUUUCCAAAUCUAUUAUCUCAAAGGCCUCCUUUAUUGGUGUUUCCACCAGCACCAGCACAAUGUUCACCAAAUUCUGAUGAAUCUCCUUUAACUCCUCUUGAAGUAACAAAACUACCAGUAUUGGAAAAUGUGUCUUACAUCAAGCCACAAGGUUCUGCUUCACCUUCACCGGUUCCAACACACAUUCCAGGACACCAGAAAGUAGAAAAAGACCAAACCAUUGUUUCCCAUGGAAUUCCUUCAUCUUCGGGUCAUUCUUCUUCACCACCACAUUCUUCAACCAACUACAGAACACAGUCUCCACAUGGCUAUCCUAAAAGUCAUUCAGCUUCUCCCUCUCCUGUGAGCAUGGGUAGGUCACUGACUCCUCUAAGCCUCAAAAGACCUCCACCCUAUGAUUCUGUGCAUUCAGGAAGUCUAUCAAGAAGUUCUCCAUCAGUGCCUCAUUCUAAUAUCAGAAACACACCAGAAGGAAAGUCAAUCAGUGCUUCUUCCAGCACUUAUUGUACAUCUCAAAGCAGCUCACGAUCCAGGACACCAACAAGUCCCCUUGAAGAAUUAUCAAGCCUCUUUACCUCAGGAAGGAGUUUGCUGAGGAAGCCCUCAAGUGGAAGACGGUCUAAAGAACCUUCUGAGAAACCAUCUGAUGAACUUAAGGUGAGAAGUCACAGUACAGAACCUUUACCAAAGCUGGAAAACAAAGAGCGAUCUGGUCACCAUCAUACAUCACCAUCCUCCAGAGAGUCAUUCAAAUCUCAGGAAUGGGAUGGAACUCUGGGCCACACACAUGUCUCCAGUAGACUUGGAAGAUCAUCUGUGAGCCCAACAAUGUUAGCAGGAAACAACAACUCAGAAAUGAAAAUAAGCUGCAAAUUAGGUCGAUCUGCUUCCACGUCAGGUGUGCCUCCUCCUUCAGUUACUCCCCUCAGGCAAGCCAAUGAGCACCAACACAGCCAGAUGACACCUAUGCAGUGGCUUUAUGGUGACCACACAAUGAUGGAAAUGAUUGAGAAAAAACGUACUCUGUGCAAAGAAAUUAAAGCAAGGCAAAAAACGGAGAAAGGACUUUGUAAGCAAGAAAGUAUGCCUAUCCUGCCCAGCUGGAAGAAGAGCAAUGGCUCAAAGAAGUAUAGCCCUCCGCCCUAUUCCAAACAACAAACUGUCUUCUGGGACACCGCUAUAUGACACAGGCAUAGUCUAAAGAGUUCUUCACACGCUCAUAAGCUUUGAAUUGCACAGGCGGCAAGGUUCACGUAGAAGAGCAGUUGCCUUCCAAGUGUAGGAGACAUCGAAGUGCGUGAUGCCAACGCAAAUAAAAGAAGAUCGAUCUACCUACUUCAUGACACAGAUAUUUAUAAAGAUUUUUUUUAAAGGAUGUAUACAAAAAUAUUUAAUGUAAAUAAGGAAUCAGUUUAUGACGACAAAGGCAAAUACAUUCUUAGAAAACAAAUAUUAAAAUUUACAAAUAAUUUUGAUAUUUUUUGUGUAACAUACUGGCCGUACUGUUGGUUUAUUACCUAUUUUAUGUAAUAUUGUAUUGUUGCUUUGGGGUUCUACUAAGGCAUGCAUUUUUCUUUAAAUAAGAUGUUUAUAUUAGCUACUAUAAUUACUUCUAUUUAUUUGUUUACAGAAUGAGAGACAAGAGGACUACAGGCUAAAAUAUUGAAAUGUCGUUUUUCCCAUGUUAUAUUUUCCGUGGUCAUUGUUAGGGAGAAGUAAAGGGCAUACUACCUAUAUAGUGUCAUUGUUUUCCCCUCAGUCUACUGCUUUGUUUUUACUUGCGGUGUCCUAACUUUUUAUAAUUUCCACAAAGACUUUUGGUGACAAUGUGCUUUGCCAAUGCCAAUAACCACAACCUGAAAGGCAGUGCUAGGGAUGAUGGCAUCUCUUGAAAUGUAAGUUCUUUCCUGUUAUAUCUAAAUAUAAUCUACAAUACAAUAGAAACAAUUAGCUAACUAUGUUUAUUAACUGUUAUAAUCUACAAUGACAAUAGAAACAAUUUGCCAAUAAUUUUUAUUAGCUGUUAUAUUGCAGUUCUGUUCUGUUCUGAGAUAACAUCUUAAAGGGUACUCCGCCCCUAGACAUCUUAUCCCCUAUCCCCCUCCCUGCUGCAUCCGGCGUUCAGAGCGUCAGGUACAGCGCCGGAGGCUCGGGAUGUUACGGCCACGCCCGUUUGUGGCGUAACAGCCAUCACACCCUCUCCCAUAGACUUGCAUUGAGGGGGCGUGGCCGUGAUGUCACAAGUGCGUCAAGACCGUGAUGUCACGAGCCUCCGCCCCGCAUUGCCAGUCAUCCGGCAUGAAGUUCGCUCCGUGCACCAAAUGUCUGGGGUGCCACAGCCGAGAUCUAGGGGCGUAGUACCCCUUUAAGGCAACCGUGCUGGUUCAGUGUCAGUACAGGGCCGAUUCUGCCAUUUUAUAUUCUGAAGGCCUCUCUUAGACUAAUUACUGUACACCUAAAGCAUUACAUUUUAGGAGCUUAGAAGAGGAAUGUUUUUUGUUAUAUGUCCCCAAAUCUUAAUUUUAAUUAACAGAACUCUUAAUGCAGCUCUGUAGUACAAUAAAUGAUGUACUUUAAUAAUUAAGGAAUGUAUACAAUGUAUUUUACAUAAUUAGAUUUUUUUUGUGUGUGUAGAUUAUAUCUAGUUGUGAAGGUAAACCUGUUCUUUAAAGAGGACCUAUCUCUCCUGAUAUAUCAUGAAAUAACAAUUUAGAAUCAUCUUUUCUAAGAACUAUUCAUGAUGCUAUUCCUCUUCUAUUCCCCCUAGAAAUGUUUCAAUAAAAAGACAACUGGGUGUUACAAAUUCCCUUGUCACGGGGUCCUUAUACAAUCUGAUGCUAUUAGCUCUGAUUGGACAGUGUCAGAGUGCGUAGGGACACGUCUCCAUCUGGAUCACACAGUAUUUCAGUUGUUUAGUUGAAUCUUAAGGAAAUAUGGUUCAGCAUUGUCAUUUUAUGGGGAAUGCAAAUAUUUCAUUAAACAGACUCAGGGCUUGUACACAAUGCAGACAUUAGGUCGUCAGAUUUAUGGUGCUGCCAGAAUCAUGGGCGGUAGGGCACUAGACAGUAAUGCAGUCUGGCCGUAUGCCACCCUUAAAAUAAACAUGUUCUUUGACCAGCCGGCUGAAUUCUGCUGCUGAAAUUCUGCAGUAUGCACAGAGCAGCAGAAUCCCAUUAAAAUCAAUGGUACUUUGCUUCAAGAGGAAUUCUGCACCAGAUGAAUGUCUGCUAUGUGGACAAGCCCUAAGUUAACGAGUCCUCUUAUGGGUAGGGCCACUUGUAUCACAUCCACAGCACAUUUCUCGCUGGGGAUGCGCGAACGGCAGUCUCAAGAGCGAGCUUCCUGCUGCGGCUGGGUAGCUCUGUGUGUCCACUUGUAUCGGCGGAUUUCCCACUGUAGACACAGUGCCUGCUCGUAGCUGAUUCACAGCAGGAAAUCCGCUGCUACGAGCAGAUACACAGAGCUACCCAGCCGCAGCAGGGAGCCUGCUCUUGUGACUGCCCUUGUGAAAUAUUCUUCGGAUGUGCUACGUGUGACUAUACUCAAAACAUAUUAGAUCGGGUUAACUACAGUAGGAGACCCUUCACUGUGACUAAUCUAGCACUGCACAGGCAAAUCGUGUGAUGCUUCUAAUAAUGCAUGCAUGACAAAGCACCAGUACGAGAUCUAAAGCUUUGCCGCCAUUUCUUGUAUUUUUUUUUUUAUGGUUUUCCCUGCUGUAUGUUAUAUUCAGUUUAAUGGUCAGCACUAGUUUGCCUCACAUAGUUAAAUUGAAGUCUGUAUAAACGUGAACUGUUUCUAAAAGUCAUCAUGCAUUUAUCUACAACAGAGUUUUCCAACCCGGGUGCCUCCAGCUGUUGCAAAACUACAACUUCUGGCAUGCCCGGACAGCCUUUGGCUGUCCGGGCAUGCUAAGAGUUGUAGUUUUGCAACAGCUGUAGGUACACUGGUUGGGAAACACAUUUAGAAAUAAUCGUGGGGGUGGUGAUAGUCUGUAGGGUCCCAGAUUUGUUUAGAAUCCCUACCUGCAGCACAUAAUAUUAAAGUUUUCCAGUUAACCAGUUUAUGAAAGAUUCAGGGAUUGGCCAUUUUUCCAUAUCAAUUCUAUCUGCCCACUAUAUAAGGACGAUCCACAUUAUACUAUAAUUCUCCAUGAUUCCCCUGUCAUUCUUUUGCCUGUCUGUCUAAAUCCAACAUCUCGUCUAACAGGAAAAUUAUUUAGACAUAGGGUUCCAAUCUUCUUUAAAGGGGUACUCCGGUGGGAAAACUUUUUUUUUAUUUUUUAUAUCAACUGGUGGCAGAAAGUUAAACAUAUUUGUAAAUUACUU